AUGGUUAUUGGAUUGUUCUUGAAGUGGGGAAAAGGUGCUUUUUCCACUUGUUAUCACGUAGUUGACGAGAAAUACAAUCGAGAUUUUAUUUGCAAGGUAUUGGAGAUUCCAAAGGACUAUGAACAAGCUCUAAGUGUUAAAAAAUCCUAUUAUAAUGAAGUUAACGCCCUUGUUGAAUGCAUUCAUCCAAAUGUUAUAAAAAUUUACAAUAACUUUGUUGAAAAGAAUUACCAUUUCAUCAUACUUGAGUAUUGCAAUCAUGGAUCUCUUUAUGAUCUGAUACAGCAAAAAGGACCUCUAAAAGAACAAGAUCUUUACAAAUUUACACUAGAAUUUGCAUAUGGCCUUUCUUAUUGCCAUUCUAUGGGUAUUGCAAACCAUGACAUCAAGCCAGCAAAUUUGCUUCUUGAUGAGUUCAACAAACUCAAAAUUGCUGACUUUGGUUUUGCAUCUGUUCAAAAAUAUCUAACUUCUGAAUUUAUGGGUUCACUUGCGUUCAUGUCACCAGAAAAGAUCAGUAGCUUCGAGUAUAAUCCAUUUUUAAGUGAUAUUUGGAGCUUCGGAAUUUCAUUAUAUUAUAUGGCAACAGCAAAUCUCCCAUUUUAUGGUCUAAAUACAGUCAAUCUCAAGAGAAGUAUUCUUGGAUGUACAUAUCAGAUUCCAAAUUCCGUUCCCGUCUUCGCAAAAACAAUAAUUAUGAAAACAUUAGUAUUAAAACCAGCUGAUCGAUGGACAAUGAAUGAAGUAAUUAAGUAUUUACGCUCAUUACAAGGAAAAUACAUUUCCAGAAACAAAUCAGCUUCCGAACUGAUCUUAAAAACGUUCUCUUCAGCUAGAUUAAACAAAAGAUGUAGCGCAACACGCUUGUCAUGUGAUUCGUUACUAGUUUCUAAUGAUAAUGAUAAGAUUAAUGAAGAAGUUUAUGUACUUUCUUAA